UUUUCAGACGGGAUACAAUAAUCGCUUGUAACCUGCACGGUCUCAAACAGAGUACGGAGAACAGCAACGGUCGGUAGUCGAGAUCUGUCGCGUGCACAGAAGAACCACACUAGAACCGAACUGGAAAAAAAAAAAAGAGAAAGAGAAAACGGAGCCUUUGUUUUCAGAAGCAGCGGGGAGCCGAACCAGAGGAAAAGAUGAGUUUUCUGCCAUACUUCUCCGCUGAGACCUGGACCCUCCUGGCCCUCCUCAUCACCCUCAUUGUAGUGUAUGGGUACUGGCCCUAUGGUGUGUUCACUAAGAUGGGUAUCCCUGGUCCCAAACCCCUACCUUACUUUGGCACAAUGAUGGAGUAUAAAAAGGGUUUCACUAACUUUGACACAGAGUGCUUUCAGAAGUAUGGGAAAAUCUGGGGGAUCUAUGAUGGGAGGCAGCCUGUUCUGUGUAUCAUGGACAAAAGCAUGAUCAAGACCGUCCUGAUUAAAGAGUGUUACAACAUCUUCACCAACCGCAGAAACUUCCAUCUGAAUGGCGAGCUGUUUGAUGCGGUGUCCGUUGCCGAGGACGAUACAUGGAGAAAGAUCCGCAGUGUCCUCUCACCUUCCUUUACCUCUGGACGACUAAAAGAGAUGUUUGGUAUCAUGAAGCAGCACUCUUCUACCCUGCUAAGCGGAAUGAAGAAGCAGGCAGAUAAAGACCAGACCAUCGAACUGAAGGAGUUCUUUGGGCCCUACAGUAUGGAUGUGGUCACCAGCACAGCCUUCAGUGUGGACAUUGACUCUCUGAACAACCCUUCAGACCCCUUUGUCUCCAACGUCAAGAAGAUGCUCAAGUUUGACCUGUUCAACCCACUGUUCCUCCUAGUCGCUUUGUUUCCCUUCACUGGUCCUAUCAUGGAGAAGAUGAAGUUUUCUUUCUUCCCGACUGCGGUGACAGACUUCUUUUACGCCUCGCUGGCUAAGAUCAAAUCUGGACGUGACACUGGGAACUCAACUAGUCGGGUGGAUUUCUUACAACUGAUGAUCGACUCUCAGAAAGGCAGCGACACAAAGACAGGAGAGGAACAGACUAAAGGACUGACUGAUCAUGAGAUCUUGUCUCAAGCCAUGAUCUUCAUCUUCGCCGGCUACGAGACCAGCAGCAGUACUAUGAGUUUCCUGGCCUAUAACCUGGCAACCAACCCCCACACCAUGACCAAACUGCAGGAGGAGAUAGAUACUGUGUUCCCCAACAAGGCUCCAAUCCAGUACGAAGCUCUGAUGCAGAUGGACUAUUUGGACUGUGUGUUGAACGAGUCUCUGAGACUGUACCCCAUCGCCCCGCGACUGGAGAGGGUCGCCAAGAAGACGGUGGAGAUCAACGGCAUCGUCAUCCCCAAAGACUGCGUUGUCCUGGUUCCCACGUGGACCCUCCAUCGUGACCCAGAGAUCUGGUCCGACCCUGAGGAGUUCAAACCAGAGAGGUUCAGUAAGGAGAACAAGGAGUCUAUUGAUCCGUACACGUACAUGCCGUUUGGGGCGGGGCCCAGGAACUGUAUCGGGAUGCGCUUCGCCCUGAUCAUGAUCAAACUGGCCAUGGUCGAGAUCCUCCAGAGUUUCACUUUCUCCGUCUGCGACGAGACCGAGAUCCCGUUGGAGAUGGACAUCCAGGGUCUGCUGAUGCCAAAACGACCAAUCAAACUGAGGCUGGAGCCCCGUAGCAACACCCCUAGCAACACCACCGCCACCUCUCCAACAACAUGACCGAAUGCAGGAGCACCCUACCCUGGAGUACCCUUCUCUCUCUCUCUAUCUCUCUCUCUCUCUCUCUAUCUCUCUCUCUCUCUCUCUAUCUCUCUCUCUCCCCCUCUCUCCCCCCUACACACAAAAGGGCUAUA